AUGCAACUCCUCUUCGUUUUGUUCGCUCUCAUUCUCUCAAGAACACUAAAUGGACAGUCGACACCCGAAACGAAACCCGAAAUGGCAGAGGAAGCAAAAGAUGAAGCUUCAUUGAAAAAAGGAAGCAUGUUCUGCAUGAUGGGAGGAUAUUACCCAUUCGGAUAUCCCGGAUAUCCUCCUUUUCCUCCUUUUCCCUAUUAUGGUUAUGGACCAUAUGGCUGGUGGUGA